AUGAAAAAUUCGCAACAUGUAGAGGGGCAUAUAGCUCUGAAACUGGAUAUGUCUAAAGCAUAUGAUCGUAUUAAAUGGGAUUUUUUGGAUGAGGUGCUGAAAAAAUAUGGUUUUGCGGUUGACUGGAAAGCGGAGGAGAAUAAUUCUCUGAGAGGUAUCAAGGUGGCCCCCACCGCUCCUUCUGUUAAUCAUUUACUGUUUGCUGAUGAUUGUGUGAUUUUCUCUAGAGCUACCAUUCAUGAUGCAGAGGCUAUUCAGGAAGCCCUACGGGUGUAUGAGUUAUCCUCGGGUCAAAAGGUAAAUUUUGAUAAAACAACUCUUUCGUUUAGCAAGGGCGUAAGAGAUUCAAGGAGGGGUGAAAUUGAGCAGAAAUUGGGUGUUAGAGUGGUUGAGGUGCAUGAUAGAUACCUUGGCUUACCUACUACAGUUGGCCGUUCGAAAAAAGUCAUUACAAAAGGUGUCAAAGAAAAAUUAUGGAAAAAGCUUCAAGGGUGUAAGGGGAUGAUUCUUUCAAAAGCUGGUAGGGAGGUUAUGAUAAAGGCAGUGGCCCAAUCUCUUCCUACCUACGCGAUGAGUGUGUUUAAGUUUCCCUCUUCUUUUUGUGAUGAGAUACGAUCUUUGAUAGCUCAAUUCUGGUGGGGCAAAAAACUGGUGAAAGGAAGAUCCACUGGGUUGCUUGGAAGAAACUAUGUAAAUCAAAAGGGAAGGUGGUUUGGGAUUCCGAGAUAUGAAACUGUUCAACUGGGCUCUAUUGGGAAAACAGGCAUGGCGUCUUGCGACUCGUAA